UUGCCUGCCUCGGUGCACAGCACCCUCCCUGCAGGGCCGGGGGCCUUCCCUCCACAGCCAUGGUCUGGAAGAAACUGAGCUCUGGCAACUUCUCCAGCUGCCCCAAUGGCUCCCGAGAGUGGAUAUGGGACGUGUUUGGUGAAUGUGCCCAGGACAGCUGGGACGAGGCCAGUGUGGGCCUGGGCUUGGUCUCCAUUCUCUGCUUUGCUGCAUCCACCUUCCCCCAGUUCAUCAAGGCCUGCAAGACGGGCAACAUGGACCAGGCCCUGUCCCUGUGGUUCCUCCUGGGCUGGAUCGGCGGAGACUCCUGUAACCUCGUCGGGUCCUUCCUUGCUAACCAGCUGCCGCUGCAGACCUACACAGCUGUGUAUUACGUCUUGGCGGACCUGCUCAUGCUGACGCUGUACUUUCACUACAAGUUCAAGAAGCGCCCCUCUCUGUUGUCUGCCCCUGUCAAUUCUGUGCUCUUGUUCGUCAUGGGGACGGUGUGUGCCACGCCUCUGCUGAGCAGCGCCAGCCCUGUGGCUGCCCCCAGAGAGGUCUUCCGGGGGCGGGCGCUCCUGUCUGUGGAGCCGGGCAGCAAGCCCUUCACUCGGCAGGAAAUCGUUGGCUUCGUCAUCGGCUCUGUCUCCAGCGUGCUGUACCUGCUGUCCCGGCUGCCUCAGAUCCGCACCAACUUCCUGCGGAAGUCGACACGGGGCGUCUCCUACUCGCUGUUCGCGCUGGUCAUGCUGGGGAACACGCUGUACGGCCUGAGCGUGCUGCUCAAAAACCCCGAGGUGGGCCAGAGCGAGGGCAGCUACCUGCUGCACCACCUGCCCUGGCUCGUGGGCAGCCUGGGCGUGCUGCUGCUCGACACCGUCAUCUCCAUCCAGUUCCUGCUGUACCGGAAUCGCACCGCCGCCUCAGAGCUCGAGCCCCUCCUCCCCAGCUGACCAGUGCCACGCUGAGCCCAGGAUGACAGGGACCUUCAGAUCCACCCCCAGGAAGGGACAGGUGCGGGCAGGGACAGUGCUGCUGCCCCUGGGUUAGCCUGGGGAGGCCCAGCGCUCCUGGCCCUGCCGCCUCCGCUCAUCCCUGCAGCCUUCGCGGGCUGGCCGGCCCCCCUUGGAACACACCCAGGGUCUAGGGCAGCUGUCGCAGGAGCCUCAGGGGAGGGGCUGCAGCCGAGGGUCGGGGCCUCUCAGAAGACAGCGUGGCCGCCCCUGCCGCCCACCUACCUCACUCUGCCUGCUCAGCCCCCGGGGGGGCCACAGCUGCAGCACAGUGGACCCAGCACUGUCCUGUUGACUCCGACAACCUAGUAAACGGCACCUCCCGGUGAGGCCUGUUUCCGCUGCUCCUUCCCAGGGCGCUGGGGGUG